GAUGCGGGAACCCCUGCUGUGCUCUGUGGUAACAGAAUUCACAGAAACUGCUGUAAAUGAAGAGCUGCUGAUGACAGAUGACGUGGCAGAAAUGGCAAAGACGGCCCAUGAGGUCGUGAUGACGAGAGCGCCGGCGACUGUGAUAGGGGACGGCCACAGCAUUCAAGUACAAGUUGUCGAUGUGGACAUCACAUUGUCAGAGAGGAGCAUGGAUCAGAGGCAGGCGGUCGAGAUGAGAGAAAAAGGAGUCCUUGAAGAGUGUACCGCAAGCCUUGAAGGGGUUGAACGCGUUUCAGCAUCGAUGGGGGUUGAGAAAGUAAUACAGCAAGAAGACAACACGAUGAGCCGUCAUGCGGUUGCUCCACAUCGAAGGGAGACCCAACCUGACACCUUUGAGCAAAUGGUUUCAAAAGAAGCAGAAGAAGCUGAUGGAAAUGUGGAAAUACCAGACAAGGAGCUUGCUCACAAAAAAGGGAAAUCGGCAGAGGCGUCACAUCGUGAAGCUGACCCACACCGUUUAGAGUUCUCCAUAAAUCAGGAGAGCUUAGAGGCAACUAAAGACGACUUGAGAAAAUCGGAGGGGACAGAAGACCUAACACAGACAAUAUCAACUAGUACAGUACCACAAAAUAUUUACGUAGAAUCAAUGUCAGAGGCUGCGUGGGAAAAGGAUGGGAAUUGGGCCCUGGAGGCGGAGGAGCCAAUGGCACCAACUGAAGGUGUUCAGGCACCAGUAGUAGUAGAAGAAGAACCCUCAUCCCAAACAGGAUGUCAUAAAGAGACAGACCCAGUUUGGGAAGGUCCUCAAGAGGCUUUAGCCAAAAUAGAGGCAGUUGAUAGUCAAAAAGAAAAAGAUCUGACUGAGGAAGGAGUCCAGUCACAAGCACCCUUAUCCCAAACAGCUCAAGAUGAGAGCCAAAACACAGAGCCAACCAAGGAGAGUCCUCAGAUCCCAAAAGCAGAAGAACCACUAUCCCAAACAGGUCCCUUGUCCCAGCUAGAUCCUCUUGGUGAUCUCAAAACAACAGAGCAAAGUGAGGUUAGUGUUCAGGGACUAGAAACAGAGAAACCCGUAUCUCAAUUAGAUAAAGAUGACAAUUUGACGAAGGUGAGUGUUCUCAACCCUGAAACUAAAGAGCAACUGCAUGAGAUGUUAAUCAAAGGUUUUCAGAUGCUGGCAUCAGAAGAGCUCUCAUCAGAAUUACCGUCAGUUGUUAUCCACAAAGAGACAGUGGCCACUGAGGUUGUCAUUCUGGAACUGGACUCUGGAGAUUCAGUUAAGCAUAAACAGACUAGGAUUACUAGGCAAAGUGUUCCAGCGCAAGAAACAGAAAAGUCUUUAUGUCCCAAAGAGCCAGUUGAGAACCAAACACAAACAUCACAAACCAAAGACAGUCAGCAGGCACCAAAAGCAGAGGAAUCGAUAUCCCAAAAAGAGUCCACCGGAAGUCAGAAACAGGCUGCGCUACCAGAGGAACAUGAUCUAACACUUCCAGAGUCCACUGAGACCCAGGAAUGGACUGAGCCACUAGAGGAACACUUUCAACCCAAGGAAGAGUCCAAGCAGACUCAGAAACAGACAGACCUACCCCAGAAACAUGUUCAGGGAAGAGCAUACCAAGAGCCAUUACCGCAAAAAGAGUCAAGCAAAAGCCCCCAAAAUGUCCAACUAUCAGAAGACCAGGAUCAGACUUGUGAAAACCAAGAGUCGCUACCCCAGAAAGACUCCACAGAAACCCAGAAACAGUGUGAGUCAUCUGUUUUGGCCCCAGAAAUGGAAAACACCUCAUUCCCAACAGAGCCUGCUGAAGACCAAAAACAGACAGUUCACGUUAAAGAGACCUCAGAACCAUCAAGAGAAUUAGAAUCAAUGGCGAUCGCAGUGGUCACGCAGCCUCCAGUUCUUUUGGAUUCUGGACUCGAAGUAAUGGAGACAGAAGCAGCGGCAGAGGAAAUCCUACCAGGGUUAGCAGGAGAGGAAAUUCAACCAGUGGAAACAGCAGAAGAAGUUGGAUCCAAGGAAAAUGAAAUUUCCAAGAUCAGCACAACAGACACAUUAAAAACUGCACAAAAAACAGAAACCGAGGCCCUUGUGAAAGAAGCAGAUGAAGAACAGGACAUAUGGGUGGACGCAAAGGAAGACCUCGACUUUCAAGAGGCGACAGACCGGUUGCCGUCUCAAGAUGACAACUCACGACAUGACUGCAGCCAAGAGACAGAAACUGCAAAUGAGGAAGAGUCCGAAAUGGUUCCAAAUCCCGAAGCCGGAAGUGACAGCGAAUGUGAGAAUUUUGCUGCUGCCCUCGACGAUCCCUAAACGGAAAGUGUUGCAGUCCUUGAGCGGGAUUAAGCAAGUUGCGGUGAUGUGCAGAAAGUCAUCGGAGGAGGAUGCAGUGAACUACUGUAAUUUCCAGUCUCAUCUGGAUUCGGCAUCGUACCGUUACUAUUAUUAUUAUUCUUGUUAUUAUUUCAUGCCGGUUUUGUUUGGUAUCUAAUCACAUUUGCUAGCUAUUGCGUCGGAAAUUUGGGAUCCACAAACUUAUCUAGUCGAGGAUUCAACGACUUUGUUAUAGCAACACGUUUAUGUGUGAUUCGGCACAAAAAGUAGAUCCCAUGCUAAUCUAGCGUGUCUGCGUGACAUCACUGACGUACGAGGUUUGAAUCUCGGUCCGGCCUUCCUUGUGUAGAGUUCGUGUAGUCCGGCUUCCACUCGCAUUCUCAAAACAUCCAUCCAUCCAUUUUCUUAGCCUCUUAUCCUCACAAGGGUCGCGGGGAGUGCUGGAGGGUAUCCCAGCUGUCAACGGGCACGAGGCAGGGGCACACCCUGAACUGGUUGCCAGCCAAUCGCAGGGCAUAAAGAACCAAUCGCACUCACAAUCACACCUAGGGGCAAUUUAGAGCGUCCAAUUAAUGUUGCAUGUUUUUGGGAUGUGGGAGCAAACCGGAGUGCCCACCUGGAGAAAACCCACGCAGGCAGGCACAGGGGAGAACAUGCUAACUCCACACAGGCGGGGCCAGCGUUGAAUCCAGGUCCUCAGAACUGUGAGGCCAACCCUUUACCAUCUUAUCCACCGUGUCGUCCUUCUCAAAACAGAACAUGACAAUAUUUUAAGACACUUGUGCAGUUCCCCCAGCACGGGCUGGUUCACGCUCGUAUGGACUGGCAUCGGGUGGAGUGGAGGGGGGCCGAUUUCCCGACCGGAAGCAAUCGGCCACCGAAUCGGGAGCUGAUCGCUUGUGGGCCGGCGCGGUCCAGUAUUGGAAGUUGGGGAUCACUACAGUUUAUUUCAUUUUAUUGCCAUCAAAUAGCAGUAAAUGAGAAUAAAUUGUGUGGAUAAGGAGCGGAUUGACACAGUACUUCAAUGUUUAUGAUGAUUCCAAGUCAGAUCUCGCCUCGCGCCGUCUACACACUUUUCUUUGUUGGCGUCAGCGACAUAUUUUGACACGUGUGCUGAUGUCAAACGCGGUGUCCUUAAUUCAUGAAAUAAA